UUGCCGGGCAGUCAGCUGGCCGCGGGGCGGGCGGGUGGAGCGGUGUUCGGGGCUCGGUCUGUCGCUCAGGGUGGGAAAGGCGCCCGCUCCGCCAUGGCCGAGACGAUCGCGGACACCCGACGGCUGAUCAGCAAGCCCCAGAACCUGAACGACGCCUACGGGCCCCCCAGCAACUUCCUGGAGAUCGACGUGGGCAACCCGCAGACGGUGGGGGUGGGCCGCGGCCGCUUCACCACCUACGAGAUCCGCGUCAAGACAAACCUACCUAUAUUCAAAUUGAAAGAAUCUACAGUCAGAAGAAGAUAUAGUGACUUUGAAUGGCUAAGGAAUGAACUAGAAAGAGAAAGCAAGGUUGUGGUACCACCUCUACCAGGAAAAGCACUUCUCCGUCAGCUUCCCUUCCGAGGAGAUGAUGGUAUAUUUGAUGAUUCCUUUAUAGAGGAAAGGAAGCAGGCUCUUGAACAGUUCAUAAACAAGCUUGGAACUCUAUCUUAAAUGGUGAAGAAGUGCAAACUUUUGUAUGCCGAGCCUAGCAACAUGUGUGCAAGAGGGCUGUUUGUGUUCUGAAGCAGCUGAAACAGUCAUCUUACCUUGACUCUCUGAAAAACUCAGUAUAGCUGACAGAAAUGAAGUGGUCACUUGUUCAGUCCUACAGCAAGUAAUAAAUUGAUUUUGUGAAAGGGUAAAACUUCUUGCUUAAUUUUUCCUCCUUUGAAACAUAAAAGCAGAUUGUUAAUGUAGCUGCUGAUAUAGUGGCAGACUUGAGUACAGCUGGAAUAGGACUUUUCAGGCAUAACUCGUAACUAUUCAACCUCAUCAAUUUAUUCUAAUGGCAUGACCAACUCAGUAAGCAAAUAUUACUAAAGAUUUGAACCACAUAGAAGCCUUAAGGCUUCUACCAAGUACUCUGGGUACUAGUAAAUUAGUCCUGAAGGUCAUUUGCAUAGUACAUUCACAUUAUUGCACUCUCAAUGCUGGUCUUUGCUUCUAGAACUAGAGUUCCUCAGAUAAUUUAUAUCACUGUAACAAAAAAAAAUAUCUUAGUGCACCAAUGCCAAUUCUUGAUAUCCAGUAGUGCUGAGAUGGAUGUUAUUGAGAAGCUUUGCCUCUAGAUGUAAAAUCUAAAUCAAGACAGUACACCUUAUUUGAGUCAGCUGUCUUGGGCCAGCUUGCUGGCACCACCAUCAGUAAUACGUGCAAUGACAUUCAAGGGAUGGGUGUGUCUCAACAUUGUUGUCUGCCUGAACCUGACUUUGAGAUACAUGAAAUUCUUGAAGUAGCAGCUGCUACUUGUAAUGGUCACCUUUGUGAAAAAUAUUGAGGGAAAGUCAAUGCAGAGCAAGGUAUUCCAGUUGAAUCUGGGAUCAGAUCUAGUCUUGCAAUUCAGCCACCAAUUUCCAAGCCUUCCUGAAAGGGAGAAGAAAUAUGCUGCUUCCUCAUCAUCCUCUCCUAUAUAUCUUUCCUUUGAAGUUCAAGGCCAGCAACUUCAGUCUGAUGAGGGUAAGAAACUCUAACUAGUUAUUCUAGACUAUCAUCCUUGUGAACUAGUGCUUAAGCCUACUGGCCAUUUACUAGAACCAACAAGAUUGAUAAGUUUUAUAACUGCACUUGAAAUAAUCAUCGGUACUGAAUAGGAGAGCUUAGCUUCCUCAUUACAGGUCACCCUCAAUGACAAGUGAAUAUGUCCUGUGGUGAAAUAAACACUGAUAGACAAAUUUGGAGAAGAUGCACAGAAGUUCUUGGAAGUACUGGUGGUGAGCCACUGGAGCUUACUGUGUAUUACAUGUGUUCAACUAGAUCACUUCCGUUAAGAGUAGAAAUGUUCUGACAGAUAUGGAGGCCAUAAGGCUGACACAAGCAGCCCUAGGGAGGAUGGGGGACUUUUUCAGAGUCAGAAGUCUCUCUUGAUUGAGCAAACUGGAUGUAGCUUUUUUAAACCAAACUGCUUUACGUUUUCAUGUUCAUAAGUUUCGUGUUCAUGAUCAACUUUCAGGUAUCUGAUUCCCUUGGAUUUUUACCAGCACAAGAGUCUGCAUGGUAUUUUAAGAGUUUGAAUGCAGUACCUUGUGGUUUACUUCCAAGUUUGGGAGUGUCUCCUAAUUCAAUUUCAGCCCCUUUCCUAUUAAAAGGAUGGUGUCUCAGUUUAUGUGUGAAACAAAACCUACAGUACAGAUAGUGGUCUCUCCUAGAGCAGACAAACUCUGUCUACUGUGUUUGAUAGCUAAGACACAUGCAGUGAACAGAACCCUCUGGCUUCACUGAUGGAGCAGAGUCACUGCCCAGAGCAGUGCUGGAGCCUUCAGAAGGCCUUCGCACCCCCUGGUGGAGCAAGGCUUCAGCUCUGCCGGGGCGAACUGCUGCUCAGUGGGAUGAGAACUGAGUGGAUAAGCAGCCUUUAGAAGAGGGUCCUGUGGCACAGGUGUCAAGACCUGUAGAAAAAAUCCAUUUGCCUUCCUUAACUCCAGAUUCCCUAAUGUUAGGAUGGCACUUGGAUAAUCCCAUCAAUUGCAGGUGAUAAAUGAUGACAUAACAUGCUUCCAAAUGAUCAGAGGUAGCUCACAGUUCCUAUGAACUAACUUCAUCUGGGUGAGCAUGACGAAUCUUGCUGCUAGACAUCAUUCUAGUUGCCAGCAGUGAACUGAAGGUGGGAUUCAUGCCUAAGUGCAGAACAAUAGGCUACUGGUACAAAACCUUGGUCUCCUGGCUAGCUGCAAGUAGGCUCGAUUGGUUGACACUAAUGCUUGUUUUUUUCCU